AUGCCUAUUGCAGGCGGCAGCGCAAACGCGAGCGGAACGAGAGGCAAUGGCAAAAAGGUCAAAAGAUCCAAUCCCAGCACGAUCCAGGACAAGUUCAUGGUUGGAUACCAAGGCUGGUUUACCUGUGGCGGCGAUGGUCCGCCGAUUGGAGAUGGCCACCAUGGCUGGCUGCAUUGGGUUUCUGAGCCGAUCAACCAACCUUUCAAUGGCCGACCGAACACAGAUUUGUGGCCUGAUACGUCUGCGUACGACCCAUCAGAGCUCUACCCCGUUGAGGGACUAUUUCACAAAGAGCGGAAACCAGCAAAGGUCUUCAGCAGCCGGGACCCCAGAACAGUACGGCGACACUUUCGAUGGAUGGCAGAGUGUGGUGUUGACGGAGCGUUUCUCCAACGCUUUGUCGGGCAGGUCGACAGGGAGGACCCUGGGAAUAAAGAUGAAAAGUUUGGGGGCACAUUGAGGCUGCGAGAUGAGGUGGGCCAACGAGUCCGUGAGGCUGCUGAAGCUGAAGGCCGAGUCUGGGCCAUAAUGUACGAUGUGUCAGGAGUCCCAGCCGACAAAAUACAGCGCAUACUGAUGCAAGACUUCACCCAUCUUCUCCACGAUCAACGAAUUCUUGACUCUCCAUCCUAUCUCCAUGAGCGGGGUAGACCGGUGCUCGCCAUCUGGGGCUUUGGCCUGUCAGAUUCAUCGGUUCACCCACAUCUCGUCCGCGAAAUUUUUGCUUCUCUUCGGCUCGUUUACCGGUCUUUCACUUCUCCUGACAAAGACUUGUACAUAUUCGCUGGAGUUCCAUCACAUUGGCGUCAGCCAGGCCAGGGAGAUGCGCAUGCUGGCGAUGGAUGGUCAGAUCUUUGGCUUGGGCCAACUGGCUGUGUCGACGCAUUAUCACCUUGGUCGGUUGGCCGAUAUGGAAACAUUGAAGAGGUCGAGAGAUGGGCAAACGAUAGAUGGGGUCCUGAUGCCGAGCUUGUGGCGACACAUAAUGCUGGGAUUAUCGACAUGGGUAACGCAGGAAGGAAAGUGGACUAUAUACCAGUCGUGCUGCCUGGCGGUUCAGGAUUCAACCUUUCAGAGGGUAAAUGGGCGUUUAACGGAAUCAAACGAGUCGGGGGAAAGUUUUUGUGGUCACAGGUAUUCCAUGUGAAGAGGUUAAAGGGCGUGCGGACGAUGUAUGGCGCCAUGUGGGAUGAAUACGAUGAGGGUACUGCCUUUCUUCCGGUAGUGCCAAAAUCGAGUAUGCUACCGGACAGCGAAGGUGAACGGUGGCCAUUCCUCGCAUUGGAUGAAGAUGGAUUCGACUUGCCGUCUGAUUGGUAUAUGCGAAUUGCAGGUUUUGCGGCCGAGGGUCUCCGAAGUGAACGGCGCAUUCAUGACACAUUUCCUAACAAAGAAUUGCAGGACUUCUGGGGGACACGACCACAGUAUGAGGAAGACGAUAUUCCGUCCUCUUCCGCUUCUUCUUCUUCGACAUCGGCAGUGACAUCCCUCCCGACUACUCAACCAUUAGCAUUCCCGUCUGCAGCUGAGCGUGCUCGGCAGCGGGAGGAGGCGAGGGAGAGAGAACGAGAGCAAGCGGAGAAAGAAGCGAAGAGGCAGUUCGAGGCGUGGGUGGAGGAGCAGGCAGAGAAGGAACGAGAGAAAGCAGAAAUGCCUCCGCCGGCUUACUCGUUAGAAGACGAUAACCCGCAGCCGGAACCAGCAGCGCAAGUUGCCUCUCCAGCACCACAACAGCAGCAACCGCUGGCGACACAAACAGCAGUAUAUGCUUCUCCGCAAAGCCAACAGGCUGCGCUACCACAACCCUCGGGACCGGUUCAUCAACAAACAUUGCCAGCACAGGCAGUGUAUUCUCCUCCAAGUCAACAGACGACUUUUCCUCCUCAAACAUCGAUACCGGCGCAUCAACAAACACUGCCGGUCCAAACAGCGGCGUAUUCCUCUUCACAAAAUCAAAUCUCAAACCCAGUUCAGCAACAGACGCUACCCGCACAAACGUCGGUGUAUUCUCCUUCGAGCCAACAAACAACUUUCCCUCCGCAAGCGGCAUAUUAUGGAUCGCCUCAAGGCCAUCAAGCAAGUCUUCCUCCCCAAACAAAUCCUGUUGAUGGGCUUGCUGCGAGGCUCACGCAAACGACGCUUUCGUCUCCCCCUCAACAAACACCGCCGCCGCUUCCUGAUCGACGCGAAUCGAGUUCAGGAUCUAUAGAAAGACCGCCAUUACACCCAAAUCACCCACAAGCCUGGCGGACGAACAGCUCCGGCUCUUCAAACUCUGGUGGACCACCUCCGCAACAUCCCAGUGCAGCCGGGAACCGCACAAAUACGAUGGGUGUUGGAACUGGGGUAGGAUUCGCUGGUGUAGGCGCGGGAGUUGGUAGGGUUGCUAGCCCUGAAGUGGUUUCUCAAAGCCAAUCUUCGUCUCCGUAUUCGAGCCGCCCUUCUAGUCAAACUUUCGCCACCGGUGGGGCUACGAUUGGAAAUCCAUUUGGACAGGGACAAGCAGGCUAUGCUGGGCCUGCGUCGCCGACCGUUAAUACCACGACGUAUGGUCAACCUCAGAGGACCUCGGGGAGCUAUCCAAGCCAAUCGACUUCAAAUUAUCCAAAUACUGGCCAAUCCCAUCAAUAUAUGGGACCCUCUUCACCACCACCAAAUGUAACGUCCUAUCCAGCACAAUAUGGACAAUCACAACGUCCUCCUUCGACCCAUCCCGCGCACGAACAAGUACCGCCACAACAUACGGGCUCAUCAGGUGGAGGUUAUUUCGACGCGGCAAAUCCUACGAGCCCUUCGUCAACAAGUUUUUCAGGACCAACAUACCAAGCGUCAUACAGACCACCCUCUUCACAUCCUGCGCCUCCUGCACAAACCCCGUAUGGUGACCCAACUUAUAACCCCGGGCCGGCUCGUCCUUCGACAACGGCGCCAAUGGGUUCUGCUGGUGGACCAGCUGGUGGUGCAUCAUUAAGACCCAGCACCUCUCUAUCCGCACGACCAAGCAACCCGCCAGCAAAUGCAGCCCCAUUACGCCCAGCCAGCGCAUCACUUUCCGCUAACCGACCCAACUCUUCGUGGUCUUCAUACCCAGGUCAUGGGCGGCCCGUUACACCAACUGCGGGGUAUACACCUCCUCAAGGGCCCCCACAACCACUGGGGCCCAUUGCUGAAUCGACACGACCAACAUCAUACCAGCCCCCAUCACAUGCUCCCCAUUCCUAUCAAGCCUCACCUCCCGCUCCGCAUUUACCUUCGCCAGAUCUGCCGAGUCCUUCGUUCCCUUCUGCAGGCGGUUAUCCUCCCCAAAAUCAAGGUCCAUACCCACCCAACUCAUCGUUCCCUUCGUAUCCUCCAUCAAACAACAGCCCCCCCAUUGGCUUCCCCGGUUCUACGCCGUCGUUUCCCCAAGUCGGGGGGUAUCCUUCGCCGCAGCCACAGUUCCCUCAAGCGGGCGGAUACCCAGGAGAAGACUACGGGUACCCGCAACCACAGCAGCAACAGCAACAGCCUGGGUGGGGUCCACCACCGCCCAUGCCACAUCGGCCUGGCAGCCAGCCAUAUCCUGGCCAACAACAACCCUAUGGCUACCCGGGCGGUCCGGCGGGCGGACCGAACUUUCCCAAUCCGCAAGGCCAACAACAAAGUUCUGGCCCUUUUGGGUUUUCCAUGAGCAGCAUGGAUAAAAUCGUUGGUCGGAAGACGCGUGAGCAGCUGGAGGGGCAUGUUGACCGGCUCGCGGAUUCGACGGGCAAGUUAUUUGGAAAGUUUAAGUAA